AUGGGCACUAAGUUAAAGGGUUCUGCUUUCCUCUUCACCCUCAGCUGGGACCUGUGGAAUCCUACCCCCUCCCUGGUCUCUGGGAGACUGAAGAAGUCCUCUGUCCCUGGGGUGAGCAUCCGGCAGCUGGUGGAGGAGAUCCCUGAAGGCUGCAGCACGCCGGACUUUGAGCAGAAGCCUGUCACCUUGGCUCUGCAGGAGGGGAAAAAUGCCAUCUUUCGGGCUGUGGUCUGCGGGGAGCCCAGGCCCAAGGUGCAUUGGCAGAGCACCAAAGGUGACCUCAGUAAUUCCAGCAAGUACCAGGUCUCCUCUGCCCCCGGCAGCAAGGAGCAUGUGCUGCAGGUCAACAAGCUGACAGGUGAGGACACUGAUGUGUACCGCUGCACAGCAGUGAACAUGUACGGAGAGGCUACGUGCACAGUGAGACUCACCGUCAUCGAAGUUGGCUUUCGGAAGAAACGGAAGAGGCAAAAGGAACCACAGGAGGGUAGGUGGAUUUCCUCUGACCUGCUGUCUCUGCUCCCUAGGGCCCUACCAGCCCCCAAGAAAAAGGUAGACUUGGAGCAGGUGUGGCAGCUGCUGAUGACAGCAGACCGAAAGGACUACGAGCGGAUUUGCAUGAAGUACGGCAUUGUCGACUACCGGGGCAUGCUGCGAAAGCUGCAGGAGAUGAAGCAGGAGCAGGAGGACAAGAUGGCGCAGUAUGUCAACGCCAUCUCCAACUUGAGACACAUCAGGGUCACCAAGGGGGGAAUCGCAACAUUUGACCUGGAGCUGGAUCUCAAGGAUUCUGAGAGCAAGAUUUACUUGUAUAAGGAUGGUGAGAUGGUCCCCUACGGCUUCGACAACCUGACCAAGCACUGUCUGCGCCGGCUGGGGAAGCGCUACAACUUCCAAAUUCAAGACCUGAGGCCCGAGGACUCUGGCAUUUACCAGGUCAAGGUGGAGGAUACCAUAGUCUUCUCCACAGAACUAGAGGCCAGCGCCAUCCCCGCCAGAGUGGUGGUCCCGCUGGCUGAGACUCGCUGUGAAGAGCAGGCCGAUGCAGUCUUUGAAUGUACUCUCUCCAACCCCUGUCCCAGUGCUGCCUGGCAAUUCCGGCGCCGGCCACUCCAGCCCAGUGACAAAUAUGAAGUGUCUGUGUCCCCCAAUGGGCUGACCCACCGGCUAGUGGUGAGGGGGGCCCGCUUCUCAGACAUGGGCCUCUAUUCUCUGGACACUGGGUUCUAUGCCUCCAGUGCUUGGCUGGUAGUUGAAGCCGGCAAGGAUAAAGACCUUCAGACCACAAGCACUGACAGCCAUCAUCUUGGCAGCAGGAGAAGUGGCAAAGAGGGCAGCAAGGACCGAGAUGCCACCCGGAGUCCCACACCCAGCUAUAAGCGCGGCACUGGCAGUUUCUCCAUGGAGGUCCGAGGUCCCUCAGGCCACUUCUCCCAGGGCCUGGCAGACACGGAGGUGCAACAGGGUGAGACUGCCAUACUCUCUUGCACCCUCACCAGUGACCUGGGACCUGGCACCUGGUUUAAGGAUGGAGUCAAGCUCACCACCCAGGAUGGAGUUGUCUUUGAGCAAGAAGGUCUCGUGCACAGACUCCUCAUUGCCCAUGUACAGAGGACCCAGGCUGGGAGGUAUACCUUUGUAGCCAGCAACCAGCAGAGCGAGGCCACCCUGACUGUCCAGGAUACCCCCAUCAUUGCUCCAGAUGUGACAGAGAAACUGAGAGAGCCACUGGUGGUCAAGGCUGGGAAGCCUGUGGCAGUGAAGAUCCCCUUCCAGAGCUGCCUUCCCGUUCAGGCCACCUGGAGGAAGGACGGGGCUGAGGUGGAGGGCAGUGGCAGCAGGGGCACCCAGAUAGCCCUGGGAGAUGGCUACACACGGCUAUGCCUCCCCAGUGCAGACAGGAAGGAUCGUGGCCAGUACAGCGUGACACUGAAGAGCGAGGGAGGCUCUGUGCAGGCCAAGCUCACCCUGCAAGUCAUAGACAAGCCUGAGCCUCCUCAAGGCCCCCUGGAGGUGCAGGAUUGCCACGGGGCUGGUGUCUGCCUCCGCUGGCGGCCCCCGAGGGAUGACGGAGGCCAGGCCGUGGAGCAUUACGUGGUGGAGAGGCGACAGGCUGGCAGGAGCACCUGGCUGAAGGUGGGCGAGGCCCUCGCAGAUGGCACCACCUUCACUGAUGCCCGCGUGGAGCGAGGCCGGAAGUAUGCCUUCCGUGUGCGGGCUGUGACCUCAGAGGGAGCUGGCGAGGCCCUGGAGUCUGAGGAGGUGCUGGUGGCUCCUGAGGCUCUUCCAGGGGCCCCUUCUGCUCCAGCCAUUGUGUCUGCCUCCAGCCAGGGGAUCACACUAACAUGGACAGCACCUCGGGGCCCUGGCAGUGCCCACAUCCUGGGCUACCUGAUUGAGAAGCGCAAGAAAGGGAGCAACACCUGGACAGCAGUGAAUGACCAGCCCCUGCCUGAGAGGAGAUGGACAGUGGUGGACGUGCGACAGGGAUGUCAGUAUGAGUUCCGGGUCACGGCUGUGGCUCCUUCGGGCCCUGGAGAGCCUGGGCCCCCUUCGGAUGUUGUCUCUGCUCGAGACCCCAUGAGACCUCCUGGACCCGUGCGGAAUCUCCAAGUCACAGACACAUCCAACACCAGCAUCACCCUGAGCUGGGCCGGACCGGAUGCCCAGGAUGGGGAUGAAGCCCAGGGCUAUGUGGUAGAGCUGUGUGGCUCAUACAGUCUCCAAUGGAUCCCAUGCCAUGAGGGCACUGUGCCAGUUACCACCUACACGGCCAAAGGGCUUCGGCCCCAAGAAGGCUACUUCGUGCGAGUGACAGCAGUUAACGAAGGAGGCCAUAGCCAGCCCACUGCCCUGGACACAUUAGUGCAAGCCACACCCACUACUGUCUGUCCCAAGUUCCUAAUGGAUUCCAGUAUAAAGGACUCACUGACGGUCAAGGCUGGAGACACCUUUCGCCUGCCUGUCUCCUUUGAAGCUGCCCCCAUGCCCGAGGUGACCUGGCUGAAGGAUGGCUUGCCCUUGCCCAAAAGAAGUGUGACCACCACCAAGGAUGGCCCGUGUCCCCAGCCGCCAGGGCCCAUCCGCCUGCAGGAGAACGUGCCUGGGACGGUGACAGCUGAGUGGGAGCCCUCUCCAGACGAGGCCCAGGGCAUCCCCCUGCACUACGCUGUCCUGACGCGCUCCUCGGUGAACAGCCGCUGGCGGGAGGCGGCGGACCGCGUCUACACCAACCGCUUCACCCUCCUGGGUGUCCUCCCGGGCUAUGAGUACCACUUCCGGGUGGUGGCCAAGAACGAGGUGGGGGCCAGCAAACCCUCGGACACCAGCCAGCCCUGGUGCAUCCCCCGGCAGCGCACUCCGAGAAGUCACAAGGCUCUGGCCAAAGCCCACCGGGGAAGACUGGCCCAGCUGCUCCAGGCCAGGGUGGAACUGCAGCGCCAGCUGGCCAUGCUGCAGGAGAGGCUGGCCCACCUGGAGCAGGAGCCCCUGAGGCUGUUCCACCGAUCACUGGCCCGGGCCCAGGCAUCAGGCUCCCAUCUGGAGUGCCUUAUCCAGUCCCUGGCCUCCAGCCUCCGGGAGACCCAGGAAAUACUCCAGGCCCUGGAGAGAGGCGUACGGGAGGCCCAGGGGGCCAGCCAGAGGCUGGAGCAGAGGCUGGGAGUUGUAGUUAAACACGUCUCAGAGGUGAAGAGGGCCCUGGGCCAGGUGGGCCAGCUUUCCUGGGCUCUGCAGCGAUAG